AUGAUUUUUAUUAUACUAUACAUACUCAAAAGUUAUGCUUGGGUCUUAGUUUUCUAAGAUUUACAAAAUAUAGAUACUAUUACUUAAAGUCUUUCAUGGUACAUCAAAGGGUAAGAUGUAUAAGCAAUUUAAUUGUACGAAUGUGAAAGAUAAUUAAUUGUUUCCAUUUCUUAAUAAGAAAUUUACAGAUCUUUUUUGGUUAAUCAAUAGGAUGUCACUCAAAUAAAAUUUGAAGCUGAUCUCUAUUUUAGUUCUUUUGAUGAUAGUGAAGUUAUUAUUACAGUAAAUGGUAAUAUAAUAUAUCAAAAUUUGUUUUAUAAGUCACAAUUAGAAUAAUAUAGUAAUCUUUGUGUUACUCUUGCUGGAGACAAUUAUUUUACUACUAUUGAAACAAUAUUUAAUUUUUAAGUUGAAGAUGAAAACUUUAUUUCAAUUAAGUUUAAUUCAUUAAAUGAAAAUCGAAAUUCGUAUUUCGGAAUUAGAAAUAUUAAUUUAUAUACAGAUGGUAUAUAAAUGAGUUGUCCAUCAAAUACUCCAAUAAUAAGCACAUCACUUACUUGUGUCAGCACUUGUGAUUCUUCAGCUUAAUAAUUGCAAUCUCCUUUAUUAAUAAAUUGCUUGAGACCAACCAAUACAUUAAGUAUGAAUAUUCAUUUAUUUAGAUGUAUUUUCAAGAACAUUUCCAACUUCAACUUCCAAUCUUAUCACAUACCAAAUAGCUGAAGGAGUAUGGUUAAGUAAUGAUUUUAAGCAAACGAACAAUGAAUAGCAAAAAUAAAUAAUAAUAAAUACUUUCACACAUUCCAUUUAACUUGCAAAAAUGUAAUUGUAAGGUAUUUUGUAUUUGAUUGGAGAUUGGAAAGACGGUUCUUACUUAAGACUUAAAUUUAAUUCUACUUAUAAUACAACCAAUAGUAAGGAUGUUAUUACUUAAGAAGAAAGCUAAAUAUUCACUUCUGUUAUUGUUAAUCAAUAUAAAUACACUUAUUUAAAUGAAUCUACAAUUACCGUCACAUGUACUACAGCUGGUUGUAAAUAAAAGACUUAUAAUAUAUCAUAUUUUUAGUAUGAACUUAUAACAAUCAAUAAAACAAAUAACAGAUUUCUUAUCAAUCCAUCAAAUCUUUUUGAUGUGUAUAAAACUUAAUUAACAUUACUAAAUGGAACAAUUAUUCCUGUUUAUAAAGUUAUACUUAAUACAGAAAACUUAAUACCAGGUACUCCUUAAUUUUUAACAUUCAGUAUUGAAUAAAAUCUUAUUGGACCUGAUGCUAUAUAUGCAUUCCAAAAUUAAAUUUACAUUUAUUCCUCAUCAAAAUUAGAUAUAGCGUGUUCAACAUUAUCUUAAUAAUCAUGUAUCAGAUGCAAGAAUCCUUAUUAUGUUUAUUUAAGUCAAUGUGUUGAGAAAUGUCCAAUCCAUAGUAGAGUUUUAGAAACAGUAAGAAAUUGUACAGAUUAUAUAAAUACUGAAACGUUGCAAUAUACUUCAGGAAUUACCUAAAAUUCUAGUGGAGUAUAUUUAUUAAAAGAUUUUUAUACUUCAGACUUUGAUUCAAAAAUGAUCUAAAGCAUUUUUACAAUUUAACCAAAAGAAGAUAGUAGUUUCAUAAAAUUAUUAUUUUCAAAUUUAGCUACUGCUAAAAUUAUAGGAGGGUUUGCCACUUGGGGUUAUGGAAGUUAUGAAAAAUAAUUUAAUGAUUUGCCUUAUCAUUAUUAAAUAAGAUUAUAUUGCACAUUAUACUUUAUAGAUAGUUGGACUUUAGAUGAUUCAUUCAUUAUAACAAUUGAAGAAAAAGAAUACAAAUAUACGAUAAAUAAUUUAGAACCGUAAUAGUUGGCUGGAAAAUCAGUUUCUGAUUAUAGUUUAGAUGUUUUGAUUCGACAUGAACAUGAUGAUGAAUAAUUAAAAAUUAAAUUUACUUGUUUAGGUGAGCAUUACAAUGAUUCUAGAGAGAAAUCAUGUGGUAUGAAUAAGAUCUUCAUUCUUUAUGAUAGAAAUGUUAAUUAUUUAUGCCCAUAGUAAAAUGAGUUUUAUAAUUAAGCAUCUCAAACUUGCUCAUCUUGUGGUGCUAAUACCAAAGGAAUAGGAUGUAUAGAAUACUUAUCAUAAAUAUUUAAAAAAUGCAAUUAUCGUUGUUUUACUUGUACUAGUGAUAUAAAUUACUGUUUGACUUGUGAUCCAGCAUUAAGAAGAGUAUUUAAUAAUUAUUAAUGUUUAUGUAAAGAUGGAUUUUAUGAAUUAAAUGAUGAUCCAUAAUGUAAAAGAUGCCCUUUCCCAUGUUAGAAUUGUGAAAAAGAUAAAUGUUUGUCUUGUAUUGGAGAAAAUAGAGUAUUAGAAGAUGGAAAAUGCAAUUGCAUAUAAGGUUAUGAAUAGAUUAAUAAAGAAUGUUAACCAAUAUGUCAUUCAACAUGUUUAACAUGUGAUGGAAUUUCUAAUUUUGAUUGUUUAACUUGUGAUUAACAAUUACACCGUGAAAUUGUUGAUAAAUAAUGUAAUUGUAAAAUUGGAUAUUUUGAAGAUCAAAAUUAAAAUUGUCUUAAAACAUGUUUAAAUUAAAAAUAUUGUUAUGCUUGUGAUGAAUAAGAUCAAUGUUUAGAAUGUCUACCAAAUUAUUUAAGAAUCUUAUCAGAUAAACAAUGUAUUUGCUAAUAGGAUUACUAAGAAAAUUCAUCUACAUAACUUUGUGAAAUGAUUUGUCAUUAUUCUUGUUUGACUUGCUCUUAACCCUUAUCUUCUAAUAGUUGUAAUUCAUGUUUAUCGAAAGAUAUGAGCUUUAGAGAAUUAAACAACGAAUCUAAUUGUGUUUGUAUUGAUGGAUAUAUAGAUGAAGGAAAUGCAAUUUGUAUUAAAAUCUCUAAUUGUCAUUAUUCUUGUAAUCUAUGUUAUGAAUCAAACAGUUAAAAUUAAUGUAUUAGUUGUUAAGAAAAUAGAUAAAUUAAUUAAAAUAAUGAAUGUAUUUGUACAUAAGGAUAUACUGAAAUUAAUUAAAAAUGUACUUCUGAUAAUAAUUAGAAUAAUAAUACAAAUGAUACAAAUAAUAAUGAUAAUGAUUCAAAUAAUAACAAUAAUAAUGAUAAUAAUUCAAAUGAUAACAAUAGUAAUGAUAAUAAUUCAAAUAAUAAUAAUGACAAUAAUUCAAAUAAUAACAAUAAUACUAAUACAAAUGAAACUAAUAAUAACAACAACAAUAAUAACAAUAAUAAUAAUUCUAAUAAUGAUUUAGAAUGUGAUGAUGGCAAUCAUUUACCAAGAGAUGGGUGCUUUAAUAAUUAUAUUGAAUAAAAUUGGUUUUGCACUCGUAGAACUUAAUCCUAAUAUUCAUUAUGUUCACGAUGUCAUACAAAUUGUAUCUUUUGUAAAUCAAAUUUGGAUUGUGAAUAAUGUGAUUAUGGAUAUUACAAUAAUAAUGGCUAUUGCCUAUAAUGUUAAUCAUAAUGUAAAACUUGUAUACAAACUUCAUCUUAUUGUCUUACAUGUUCAGAUAAAUCUCAAUAUCCUAUUAAUGGAAAAUGUUUAAAAUGUUAAUUAGGAUAUUACUUAAUAAAUGAAAAAUGUUAAUCAAUAUGUGGAGAUGGUUUUGUUGUCGGAGAAGAAGAAUGUGAUGAUAGCAAUAAUAAAAAUUUAGAUGGCUGUGAUUCAAACUGCAAAAUUGAACCUGAUUAUAAAUGCUAAGGUUCGUCUUGCGUGCCUCUCCCUGAAAUUAAAAAAGAAGCAAAUUUAUAAACAAACAAUCAAAUUAUACUAACUCUUCAAAAUAUUGUAUCGAAUUGCUCUUUUGUCACUAUAUGGAUAGAAUAAUAUUCUCCUGAUUAUUAUUAAUAUAAUGUUUCCUAAAUUGAAUCCAAUAACAAUACAGGAAUGAAAUGUUCAAUUGAUUUUACUUUUUCAAAAGAUGUCAAACCAUUUAAUUUGAUUCAUGUUCUAGUUUAAAAAUAAAAAAAAAGGACUCUAUCAGAUUCUAAUCUAGUUGAAUUACUUAUCCAACCAAAAAAAUAAUAUUAUUAUUCAUCCAAACAAUUUGAAUAUGCAGAUAUUGUUUAUCAAGUUUAUUGUGUUUUAUUGUAUUUUGUUUUAGCAAUGA